GCCACUCAGUUUAACGAAAACAGUCCCAACGAACGAACGAGCGUACGGAUUAUAAAACGAGACAUUCGGAAUCAGCCGAAAUACUAUUAUAUUCACCGAGAUACCGUGCAACCUAGAAAUCCAGAACCAUGAAUGAUCCGAGAGAAUGCCUGUUGCACUACAAUCUAUGCCAUCUGUAUGCUGGUCUUGUUUGCCCUGCAAUUGGCUCUGUCGAUUUGGAUCUUUGCGGCGAACGACAAGUUCCUGGACAAGAUGAGCACAGUGGUGAACACGGCCUGGAAUGAGAAUAACGCCGCCCAGGGUUAUCCCAUGGAUGCCCUCCAAUUGGCCUUCAAAUGCUGCGGAAACACUGGCUACAAGCAAUACGGAUCUUCAGUCCCCGCUUCCUGCUGCGGCUACAAGGAUCGCAAUCAGGUGUGCGAGGCUGCCAUUUUCACCCAACGUCUUGGCUGCAAUGGCGAGUUCGUCGACUUCUGGGCCUCCAACACGGACCUCAUUCGAUGGAGCAGUCUGAUCAUCGCGCUCUUCGAGCUGGGCAUCUUCAUUGUAUCGUGCUGCCUGGCCAGUGCAAUGAGGAAGCGCUGAUAUGGAGUAUCCACGCCUGAAUCAUCCCAUUAGCUGUAGCUCAGUUCCUAGCAUCCAUGCAGUUGAAAGUACAUGCAACAUCAGUCGCCAUAAAUAAAUCAAAUAGGUUAAGCUCAAUCAAGUAUAUUUUUUGUAUGUCUAUGUCUAGCUUUGGCCACCAAAUCUUAUCUAAUCGGAACGGGUCGGUGUUUUCGCCGAAACUAUAUCCGUGUACCGGUUGAUAAGCCCCCACCAACUCCAUCCAUAUUUAGAUCGUUUGCCCUCAAACUUUUGCAAUGAAUCAUUUCUAAAUUCCAAUUGUUAUCGCUUGGCCCACCCAAUGUUUGCUUUUCUGUGUCCCUUGCUUUUUUGGUCCCCAAAAAGUGAUAAGAUACAUGCGCGUAUCUUUCCGAUAUCGUUCAUGUCUGAGGGACAAUUUAAAAACAGUAGCCCAACAGAAAGACCAGUCUAAUCGAACAAUAGCAAACGACGCGUGAACGCGAUAAAUAUCAUAAAAUUAUAGCGCUCAAAAACACACCUGGAUAAAUUUGAUUUAAUUUGUAUUUGAUUUGUUGAACUCGAAAGGAUACGAAAAGACAAAAGUCAACAUGGGUUGUCUUUCGGGCAUAGUCAAUUUCAUAUUAUAUGUAGUUAAUGUUGUGUUCUUGGGGAAAGCAUAAAUCAUCUCUUCAAGAUGAAGUCCUGGUGGGUUUUAUGAAAGACAACCCGGACUUGGCAAAAGGAUUUGUGAAGGGCGACCGAGUUGUUGUCGAUGCCAAGUGGGCAGAGCUUUGCGGCGCUCUCAAUGCUGUUGGGCCGCCAAUCAAGGACGCAUUGGGUUGGAAAAAGGUUUGGGCAGAUUGGAAAACAAACAUCCGCAAGAAGAUGGCGAAAAACAAAUCAGAAACUCGAGCUACAGGUGGAGGGCCCUUCGCUCAGCAAUCGCUUGGGGAAUUGGAGGAGAUAGCUAUGUGGCCUCUACGAAAUGGUGGAAGGAGUAGGUGGGCCAGCGUAUGGACUUCCCCCCGUACGACCAAGGAGGCCGACACUGGGGUUAAGUGCGUGAUGGAAGACCCCAUUGAGGAGGAACCCUCAGAGAAGGACGAACCCUCAGAGAAGGAGGAGCCCAUGCCGAAGCGCCGUCGAACUAGACCAGCGCAGACCAUGGACCACAACGAUCUCUGCGCUGCUCAGCUGGAUGAAAUGUCGGCAAUUUCCAAGAAAAUUUCGGAACAUUUCGAACGAAUGGAAUCGUUAGAGAAGGAGAAGCUCGAGGUCCAAAAGGCGCUUGUAGACAAAUUUAGCCAAAUUUUGGACAAAUUUGCGAAAUAAUUAGUUUCCUAUUAGUUUUUUUGUGAAACUUAGCUUUAUUAGUUAUAAAGAAUAUCGAAUGACAUAAAGAAGAAAA